AUGGCCAUUACGUCCAUUGUAACAAAUACAACCCCCACAACACAACAGCAAUCAUCACGUUCAUCAUGGCGUCAAUCCUGUUAUACGGCUUCAAAUUUUGGUGUCAAUCAUCGUCAUUAUUAUCCAGGUCCAAAAUCUGGUUCAUAUCAUCCAUCAUUACCACCGGUACCAUCAACACCAACUGGAUCCGGUCUAAUCACACCAAUCGGUCAUAUGCCACCAACACCACAAUUGAUUAGUCCAACAACAAAUGAUAUUGGAUUCUAUUUUGGUCAAUUCGAUAUACGAAAUGGAUCACCAAAAAGUUUUGGAUAUAAAACCGAAAUUCAUCAUCCAGCACGUAGCUAUGUUUAUCAUGAACAACAUUUUCCCAAAAUAUCCAAAUCAUAUUAUGACAAUGAUAAUUAUGGACCAAAUCGUCAUGGUGGACAUAAAUACAAUUUUGAUGAUGAUGGUGGCUUCAAAUUUGACCAUUAUUCACCACCAAUGAAACGACAGAUUAUUACCUAUCAUCAUCAAGCACCGCCACCGCCACCACCACCCAAAAAAACUGAAAAAGAAAAUGAUUCGAUUAAAUUCAGUGUCGAUAUACCAGUAAAAAAUAUGGAUUUUGGUAAAGGAUUAGAAAAAGAAAUUAUGAGCGUUCAUGAAGGCAUUACGAAAUCCGAUGAUAAUGGCAUGGUUGAAAAUAAUUAUGGUAACGAUAAUAGUUAUGGUGGUGUUGGUGAUGAAAAAGAAAUGAAAAAAGAUUUAUCAAUACCGGAAAUUUCUAUACCAAAAUUCGAUGUUGAUGGAAUGUUGGAUAAGAUAAAAUGACGUAUAAUCGAACGUCGGCAAUAA